AAGAAGACCCUGCUGCAGUGUUGUUCUGUUCUGCAGGGUUCCGUGGAUUUGUGGGCGAUCCGUGUCAGAUGCCUGGAUUCCAGUUCUCAGGUCUGCAGCCGCCUGCUAACGCCUGGUAUCGAGACCUGCUUUACGGCAAUCAAGUGAUCAGACCGGAAGUGAAGGAGCGUUUUGCGUAGCGAGUGUUCAGACAACCAGAGAUCAGGAAACGAAACCAGAACCGAUUCCGAUUAGUGGACGGAGAUGAGCUGCGCACGCGCAGAACAGCGGCUGGUGUUUAUCUCCGGGCUCGUGCUGCUUGUCCAGGAUGAGGUCCUGGUUCAGGGCCCAAAAGUCCUGGUUACUGGAGCGACGGGUCUUCUGGGCCGAGCCGUCUGUAGAGAAUUUCAGAGGAACGGCUGGAUGGUGACUGGGACCGGAUACCGGAGAGCCCGUCCGCGCUUCCUGAGGUGUGACCUGACUGACGAGGAUGCCGUCAGGAGACUGCUACAGGAGUACAAGCCCGAUGUGAUUGUUCACUGUGCAGCAGAAAGACGUCCAGAUGUCAUGGAGCGACACGCUGAUGCUGCGGUCAGUCUGAAUGUGCAUGCCACCAGCACGGUGUCCAAAGAGGCAGCUGUCUGCGGGGCCCUCCUCAUCUACAUCAGCACCGACUAUGUGUUUGAUGGUCGCAACCCUCCAUACGGAGAGGACGACUGUCCCAACCCACUCAACAUGUACGGCCGAAGCAAGCUGGAGGGCGAGAGAGAGACACUCAGGCACUGUCCAGAUGUGGUGAUCCUGCGUGUUCCUGUCCUGUUUGGGGAGGCGGAGUCGGUGAUGGAGAGCGCCGUGACAUCACUAUGGCUGAAGGUUCAGGAGGCAACUGAGGAGAGCUGUCCGCUCGACCACUGCCUGCAGAGGUUCCCCACUGACACUCGAGACGUCGCCACCGUCUGCAGGAAGCUGGCUGAGAGAGCGAGACAGGAUCCGUCCAUCCGAGGAAUCUUCCAUUUUUCGGGUAAAGAGCAGAUGACCAAAUAUGAGAUGGCUGCUGCUAUAGCACAGGCCUUCAACCUGCCGUCCAAUCACCUCAUACCUCUGACAGAGCAGCCGGCUGGGUCGGCUCCUCGUCCGAUCAACAGCCAGUUAAACUGCUCCCGUCUGGAGCUGCUGAACCUGAGCGUCGAUCCUCGAGCAUUCUCCACCGCCAUCGCCGACUGUCUGUGGCCAUUCACCGCUGACAAACGCUGGAGACAGACCGUCUUCCACUGAGGAUCGUUGUGCUGAGGUUUUCUCAAAGAGCAGAAAUCUUAAAUAAAACCUGCUUCAAACCCAACAACGAAAGUUUUAGUUUUGAUUUUGUUUCCACUUUGAAAGGACGACACGCUGUGAGGGGGAUUGCCCAUGUUUUAAAACCCUGAAGUCUGCCUGCAUGCGGUCCAGAUGAUGUGCUGUAGAAACUGAAGUGACUCUGCUUUGUCUCUGUGUAAACAGGUGGAGUUUAAUCUGUCCCCCAACUGUAUCUUCUGUUUCCUUUCAGUCUUUGAUUUAAAGCUAAUUCUGGUUUUGUUUCUGUGACGGUGAAAAAUUUAUGUUAAUAGAAUUUCAGGUCUAUGGUGUUCCACAGAGGACAUACAUUAUGUUGCCAAAAGUAUUUGUCUGUCUACUUUUACAUGAAUUUUGAUGACAUCCUAUUCUUAAUCUAUAAGGUUGAGUUUUUUUUUGGGAGCCCCUGUUGCCAGCAGUAGCAUGUAUAGCUAUUAUGUUAACAUCUUCCAAGGUUUAGGAGUGUGUUCAUACUUUGGGAUAAAUUAGACCAAAAGGGGCAGUUCUGGUUUUCUCAUCAAAGGUGUUCAAUAAGGUUGAGUCCAGUCAAUUUGUCCACGCCUGCAGCCAUGGAAUUGAUUGAAACCCAACAAUUCAUUGAUGUGGUGGUGGGAUCCAAUACUUUUGGCUAUAUAGUGGAUGUACGCUGAACUAAAUAUAUGCCUCUGCUCUUUGUCUGUAAAUGGUAAUAAAAGAAGGCAAAUCUCAAUUUCCA